AUGGUCUGUACCAAGUGCGAGAAGAAACUCUCUAAGCUUGCUGCACCCGAUCCAUUCCAGUCAUCGAGUGCGAGCAUCAAAGAGGGCUCCCGCAAAGUUGGCGAGAACAAGCUUUUAUCAAGACCUGGGAGCUCGAAGAAUCGUUUCCAGCCUUAUCAAGGGAAAUGUAAAGAUUGCAAGCAGUCUGUUACACAGAACAAGGCAAAAUACUGUCAUGGUUGCGCUUAUAAGAAGGGUAUUUGUAGCAUAUGUGGCAAACAGGUCCUCGAUACGACCGGCUAUGUCAUGUCAAGCAAGUGA